AUGUUGACUGGCUGCAUUAACUUUCCUCAAAGUUUUUGUCAGUUAACUCGAUCAAAAGAUGAACUUAUUCAGAAGGUGUUUCCAGAUGUUUCUCAAAAUUACAGAAACCAUGAUUGGUUGAGCGAACGAGCUAUACUGGCUGCAAAAAACAUAGAUGUAAAUGAAUUAAAUUUCAAAAUUCAAGAACAAAUUACAGGCGAAUUGAGGAUAUAUAAAUCAGUUGAUUCGGCUACUAAUCAAGAUGAUGUAGUCAACUAUCCACCGGAAUUUUUAAACUCGCUGGAUUUGCCAGGAUUGCCACCUCACAAUCUUCAAUUAAAGGUUGGAUCGGUGGUUAUAAUGUUGCGAAAUAUCAACCAACCGCGUCUUUGCAACGAUACACGGUUAGCGAUAAAAAAUUACUAA